AUGACGUUGGUCACUCUCGUCAGCCGGUCCGAGAGCCCUUUCGUUGCUAGAUUGAAUAAUAGUGGGGAGAGCACCGCCCCUUGUGGGGUGCCCCUCGAGCCCAGCGUGUACCAAUCGGACGUGGUCUGUCCUAUUUUGAUCGCGGCCUUCCUGCCUCUGACGAAGGAGCCUAUGAAGAAGAAGAAGAAGAAGAAGAAGAAAAUGGAGACCACGCAAACCUGUGCGUGGGACCUGAUCGUGUCCCCGCCCUACCGGCUCUCCCGGCUCUCCCGGCGUCGUCUAUUGACAGAAGCACUCACGGACACUUCGAGCACCGGGUCCGCACUUCACUACGGCGCGUUCGUGGCCCUCGUUGCAUCGCUUAUGUCCGCUUCGCUGCUGGUGACGCCCGCUGUCCUGCUCCGAGUGUUGGGGAGCGCUGGCUGCGGCGCCCGAUGCUUCUCGCUCGAGGAAGACCUGCUCGCCUCCAUCAACCACAGCGUGCACCCGUGCGACGACUUCUACCGGCACGUGUGCGGCGGCUGGGAAUCGGUGCGCAAGCGACGCCACGAUGUCCCGCUGUUCAAGUACCGACGCUACGCCGACCGCCAGGUGAUCAGCACGCUGCUCGGCCGCACGGUGCCCCGGGCUCCCAAGAGCGCACUCGACAAGGCGGCCGUGUUCCUGCUCCAGUGUCUCGGACAGAGCAUGCACGACGGCACCUCGGACAUGAAGCAAUUCCUUCGGCAACUGGGCCUCAAGUGGCCAAACCCUUCAGCCUCGAGUCGCGCCGACCUGCUCCGCUCCGUGAUCAGGGCGUCGCUGGGCGUAGGUCUGCCGUUGCUCUGGGGUUUCCACGUGGGCCGGGACCCGCUGUUGCCGGCGCGCCAGAACGCCCUGUACAUAACGCUCGACACGCACGUGCUGACCUGGAUGGAGGACGUCCUGAAACUCGCCCAACGCGGCAGGCUCCGCCUGUACCUGCGACGCUGCGCCGAAGUAGUCGGCGGCGCCGGGCAGUCGUACGCGCUCAUGAUUGCCGACGUGGCCGCCAUCCACAAGGAGCUGGCCACACAGAUACGGGACCUGUGGGACGAGCAUUCGCCGCCGGCGUACCAAGCGCUCAACGACAGCGAGCUGCGCCUCGCCAUCAACAGUGAGCUACCGGACGACUCGCAGCUGUGGUACAACGACGCCCUGGUCAACCUGCAGCCGCGUCUGUACGAAGGCUUCGACCGCGACCAGCUGAUGGGGGACGAUGGGAGACGCAAGAGGCUCAAGCUCUGGCUGGGCGCCUACGCCGUUUGGAGAGUGGCCCCGUUCGCGUCGAGGUUUCUCUUCUUCUCCUUGCUCGACGACAUUGGGAAGCAUCCCGAAACGCGAAGGUCCCACGUCGUCCGAGCCUGCGUCGAGUCCGUCGACCUCGUGAUGCCCCUCGUGGUGUGGACGAUUCAGACGGACACGGUGCCAGACGUGACGCCGGCAUUCACGGCGCUGCACGCGGUGCGCGAGUCGCUUCGCGUCCUGCUGGCUGCGUACGGACCCAGCACAGCGGCUCGCGUGUUGCCUGCCACGCGCUUCAUGUCGGUCAACGCGCUCAACAUGAGUGUCACCUGGCCCGUGCUGGACGCCAUUUACUCGUUUCUGCCGGUGCAGGCAGGCGGCAGCUACUUCGGCGUACUCUGCAGUGCUGCGACCGCCACGGUGCGCUUUUUCAUAAGGUCGCUGCGCCAACCCAAAAGCAACGUGUACCACGUGGCUGGGGUGGCACCGCUGCGCACCUACCGGCUGCUGGUCGCACGCGAGCUGGUGGUCAUGGACUACUUUCUCCGGCCGCCGCUCACCGAGGAAGGGCAUCCGCCCACCGUGCUGGCCGCGGUCUUGGGAACGACGAUCGCGCAGCAGAUCUUCGCGCUGCUCUACAUCCUGUUCUUCUACAACGACCGUUUCGAGCCAGUGGCGCCGGUGGAUGUGGACCCGGAGCUGAUCGCCAUCAAAGCAGAGCUGGCGCGGUACCGUUUGCUGCUGGCCAAUCGGAAGAGCGAACUGGGAACGCUGCGUGUGAGUGAGAUCCGGCUGCUGACCACUCUCAGCCUGGCCGCAACCGCCGCCAGCCACGCGGCGUCCGUCCUGGAAGCGCGCAGGUCAGGAGCGGCGUGGCUGGGAGCGACUACGGCACACGGCGGCGACGCCACGUUCGCCGGUGUCCCUCGCGACAAACUCUUCUUCCUCGUGAACUGCUUCCCGUCUUGCGGACACUCUGGCCGGGAACGGAUUAUGCAGUUAGCGUUCUGCAACGUGGCUUUACCGGCAGCAGCGGCGUUCAGGCGUGCUUUUCAGUGUGAUCCGACUCACAGCCUCUGGACCAACUUCACGUGGAGAGAGUUCUGAUGGAACCGUGCAUGUCAUCAAGCGGUCUACACCAGUGCUCCUAAUCCGACAACUGGUCAUCUAUACACGAGCUCAAAUGGACAUACCUUUCUUCAUAGAUCGUCUCAUAACGAAUGAUGUGCUUUUUAUCGCCUGCAUUCACUUAAAUAAUAUAAAUUACCCUCUCGUUAAAGCGAAACUCCUGAUCGUGAUGCAACAAUUAUUUUGCACACGUACUUGUAACUUUCGUGUAGGUGUGCCUCCAAACUGCGAAGACAAUAUUAUUCAAUAAUACCUGACUUGAUGUGGAUAGCUGGCAGACUGCACCGCGUUCUCUGGCGCGCUUUUCCAAGUUUCAACGCGUGCACACGUGCUCUUUUCGUGCCUUGCUGUGCUGUCAGAACAGUGGAGGACGGAUGGACGGUGCGGUGUUACUUUUGCGAACUUCUUACGAUAAAGCAACUUUUGGUACAAACAGUGGUGCAUGACCCCGGCCUUCACGCGUGAGUUCUUUCAAAACCACCAUUCAAAGCAUAAGUUACUCAUUAAAUGUAACAACCAACCUCUCAUGUUAUCAGCGCACUUGUAAAAUAAAUAAAUAAAUAAAUAAAUAAAA